AUGGCGAGCAGACGAGCCCCACUGGCCGAUGUGCCCRAUGCCGUUAAUUCACCCUUCCGCACCGCCCCAGCCGCUGGCGGAAAGCGAACACGAACCCAAGCUGGCGAUCAAAGAGAGGUCGUGCAUGGUCAACCGCCGAGCAAGAAGCAUAUUGUUGAGAUCCAGGGCGAAGAAGAUGAGAACACAGACCCACGUAGAAGGAGUGGUGUGCCUGCAACAACAUGCGACAAAUUCGAAGAGCCCUUCGCAAAGCGAAGUCAGUCCACACAGCCCACUGCCUUUGAGAAGAAGCUCGCGUCUGUUAGGGAAAAGAAGCCAGCAACCUCUCAGCAGCGUGUCGAACGUCCGCAGAAACAGGAUGGAAGCAAUCUGGAGUCCAUCCGCCAAUGGCAGAGGCAUUAUAGACGCCAAUUUCCGCAAUUCGUCUUUUACUUCGAGAGCGUAGCGGACGAUGUACGCGCCAAAUCGAUGCGCUCGAUUGCGCAUCUUGGAGCGCGAGAAGAGAAGUUCUUCUCCAAAGCCGUGACCCACGUCGUCACCACGCGAUCUAUCCCUCCGGAGCGUACAAGCACCAGCCCAGACGAGACGAAGUACGAGGCCGCCCCAACCAAGUCUGUGCAGCCGACGUCCACUUCCACCCAAGACCAGCGGCGGACGACAAACCUCUUGGACGCCCAUCUGCAGCGUCGUUCUCAGAACACCGUGGCUUCGGUCCAACCAAGUGUCGAGAGUCGUCGCCCAGCACCACACUCAGCCGAUAUCUUGACAAAGGCACGCGCUUUGGGAAUCAAGAUCUGGGCGCUCGAAAAGCUGCACCGGGUCCUCGAUACCAUUCUCGAUGCCGAUGCGGGUGACAAUGUCAUUGAGAGUCGUCCUGCUGCCACUGGCACGCGGGCAACCUCUAGAAACACACAUGACGCCGAUCUGGAGCAACUCCUUCGCCAUGAGAAGGUCAAUGGCCCAACCGACCGUGAUAUGACUGUUGCGACUCAAGACAUGACGACUCUCCGUGGUUAUUACAUCUACAUCCACGACAUGGACGAGAAAUCAAAGCCAGUGAUGGUCCGUGACUACCCCAAGACCGCCUCUAAGGAAGAUGGUAAAUGGCCGCAGUUCCGACUCUCCGCUGCUGGCCGCUGCCCCUUUGUUGAAGAUCCUGCCCAUACCAAGAGGCUCCAACAGCAGGGCAGAGCGUCUACGCAGGCAUUCACGGAGUCAGCACAGCGCAAGACAAGAGCAGGUGGUACCUCUCUGGCUGCACCUUCUCAACUUUUAGGUGAGCGCGAUUCAAACCUUCGUCGAUCGCCUCGAAAGCUUGCCCAGCCCAAGCAUGAGUCCGCAAAGCCGCUCGAUCCUCCCAGAGCACUGCCAUCGAUGCGACACUCGUCUACCGAUCUCAUGCCGCCGCUCUACGGCAGCGCGCAGGCGAUUCUACGUGGUCCGCCGCGUAUGGUAGGCGGAGAACCCGUUGCAUCAGGCAUACAGCACUCUAAUGUGACAUCUGCCAUCCGAUCUCAAGCCAUCUCAUCCGCAGCAAUCUCAUCCACAGCUCCAGGCAUUGGAAUGCGAGCAGGAGAUACAAAAGAGAUGCUUUCAUUGAAGCGCAAAGUUUUCGCAUCGAAAGGCACCCCUAUGCCUACGUCAUACGCGAACGAUGUGCGCGGUGCUAUCAACAACGAUGACAGCGGUCCACCCCCGCGAGCUGCAAAGCGCAAGGCACAAGAGACUCUUGGCGUUGUUAUUGAAGGCGAUGAAGCUGGAGAUCACCUGUCCAGAUCCAAGGCAGCUGCCCCGAAACGAAAGAAGGUCGUUGAGAAGGAAGCCAAGCCUGGAUAUUGUGAGAACUGUCGUGACAAGUUCGACGACUUUGACGAUCACAUCGCCACGCGCAAGCAUCGCAAGUUUGCAAUGACGAACGACAACUGGAGGGACCUCGACGCUCUGUUGGGGCUGCUCAAGCGUCCACACAAGAAGCAUUGA